AUGUUUGCUGAUGAUACUAACUUAACGGCAGUAGGCAGAACAAUUAGUGAGGCGGAAGAGAGGGCGAGCGUAGACAUGAGGAAUGUUCAGAAAUGGCUUUGUGCAAAUAAACUAAGUCUAAAUAUAGCGAAAACCGAGUAUGUUUUAAUUGGAACACGACAUAAAAUAAGUAAUAUUGAUACCCAUCAAGGAGUUAAAAUAAAUAAUCAAUUGAUUAAAAAAGUUAAAAAUACCAAAGCUCUUGGAGUUGAAUUAGACGAAAACUUGAGUUGGGAAAAACACAUUAACCAUAUUAGCAGUAAAAUAUCAUCAGGUAUUGGGGCUAUUAGGAAAAUGAGGGAGUAUGUCGAACAAGACAUUUUGAUAAAAGUUUAUAAUGCCUUAAUCCAACCUUAUUUUGAUUAUUGCUGUGAAGUAUGGGAUACACUUAAUAAAGGCCUAAGCGAACGUCUACAGAAAUUCCAAAACAGAGCGGCUAGGUUGAUCAUGAACUUAAAAAAUGAACAUGGUCAGUCUAUUUUGGCACGAAAAUCUCUAGGCUGGGUAACACUUGAAGAGCGUAGGGCACAAAUGUAAGCCGGGCUCAUGUACAAGAUAGUUAAUGGUUUAGCCCCCCAACGACUAUGCGAAGCUUUCCAAUAUCUGAAUACCAUUCAUGACCAUAAUCUGAGAGGUUCUUCAACAAGGUUUUAUAUUCGAAGACCAAAAACGGAAUCCUUAAAAAAAAGCUUCCAAUUUAGUGGGGCUAAACUAUGGAAUCAGAUACCUGAAGAGAUACGCAAUUCGGUAUCGUAUAAUUCGUUCUGUAAAAAGCUAUCUUCCUCGACCUUAAUCUCGACCUUGAUCUAUCUAUUGCCAUAGCAAUUUUCUAUGAUCGCUGAAAGUUUAUCACGCGCGUGGAGUUCCUGGUUAGAAAGACUGAAGAAAGCAAAAGCAUGCUUGCUUGCACAUUUAUGUGCAUGGUUUAACAAUAGGUUUAACGGUGUAAUUGGGCAACCGGACAUUGGUGUUUGACUGCAGAUUAUGAUUAAUUAGCGCGUCGCUGGGAAAAAAAUAAUUUCAUAUUACAAACACACUAAGCAUAGUAUCAAACAUUAAAGGUCUUGCAUGAUAUUUCCUUUAUAGUAUCAACUCGUAAUAUUGUCUUAGUAAUUAGUUUGUGUACAUUAGAACGAGGUAAUAAGAUCUGCUGGAUACUAUCAUAUAUGUAUCCAGUGAAAUAGUAGCCGCGGGCUACAUGAUAUGAUAUUACAAGUGGACGGGUAUUCUGCAAUAUUUUCUUUUUUUCUUCUUAACAGUUCUUGAGUAUUUUCGGAACCAGAAAAACAAGUUUGUAGAUUUGUAAUGGCAUCGCGAAGCAAAUCUUCCAUCUUUCUACAUGUGAUCGAAGAUGAAUGUGGAGUGAUGGAUAAAUGGUGUACCGGUGGGUUACACAGGGUACGAAGGAAUCGAUCGAUAACGCGACGAGGUCUGGACGCGGAUAAAUGAUGCCUCUGACUAUCAACGAGGAGUCCGACUGUCUAUACGGAAAAAAAUUGCGUCGGCGCCUUUGCUCCCUUCUUUAGCAAUUCUUUCACCUUUUUUCUCAAAAAGCUUUUGAAAUUUACAAAAUCUUGCAAAAAUGAAAGAUAUUUGCAAGAAAUCAUCAAAUCAAGAAAAUGUUUGCUAUUUCGUUGUCGUCAUGCAGUCGUUAUAAUGCAAAUUUUAAAUUGGACCAGUCAGUGUUCGCUAUUCAUGACAGUCCGCUAUAUUUUGAGAUCAGUGAGGAUGACCACCCAUCCAAACACGCACGGUGAACUUUGGCUUCGCUAACACUUUCCUUCCCCAGGGGGCAAAUAGCCGGGAGGAAUUAGUACCUCGGGGAUAACUGCAAACCUGAGUUACCAUUUGUUUCUGUUAGAAUAUUAACGAAAGAAUUUUAGUAUGACGUGACGUAGCCACGUGCUUACGCCAUCUCGCCCCAUUGUACGUGAUUUAUAACCGGGUUGCGUGGCAAUUGCAGACGUCAUUAGAAAUACCAAUAUUUUUUUAAAAAAGUGCGCUACAUGUCAUUAUUUUGUCUGGUCAACUACAGUAUGUAACAGUAUGUUGAAAUUUUGCAUGCUGUAUUACUGCAAAAGUCUUUCACUAUACCAAAAAUCGAAAAAUUUGUAUUCUGUAAGGCGGCCAAUAAAAUUAUCGAACAAACGGCACUUUUGCGGUUUUUUAAAAAAUGGUAUUACACAGAAUAUUUUUAUAUAUUGCUUAUUGCUAGGUUAUAUGUUCUAAGUAAAAAAGUGAUUAAAAAAAUUGGGAUCACCGUGUUUCUUUUCCAACUAGACAGAGCAAUAGGCUAUCUAAAAAUGAAUUUCGUACGUGUGUCUUACCAUAGCAACGAACUAUGUGUUGCCAAACCUGCCAUGAUGUAUAAGCUUUAUAUUCAUUUGAUUGCGUAGAUGGGACGUGCGAAACACUAUCAUUCCCCUCGUGAAACUUUAUAUUUCAUGUAGAUCAUUUCUGAUCAUAAUUAUAAUGUGCCCAAUUGUGGAGAAAUUAUACUCCUUCGAGGGCAUGCAGCGAGCGCAGUUUCAAUUUGGCGAACUGCCCUGAUAGUGGUAGACCACUGAAAUAUUUCGUUUACGUAUGUAUACUCUAUAUGUGUGAUUUAAGGAAACUCAAACAUCUAGCUUCUUAUUACCUUAGAAAGCAGUUAGCUGAAACGCUAAUAUUAUCCAAAUUGGAUUAUGCUGAUGGUGUUUUCUAUCCACUCCCGCAGUUUCUAUCAAGGCGCUUACAGAAAGUUCAAUUUGCAACUGCUAGUUUUGUCUUGGGUCGAUAUGUUAAAGAUCAAAAGGAUAUCCUGGAAGUUGGAUGGCUUCCAGUUAACGAAAGAAGAGACCUCAACAUCCUGAAAUCGAGUUUCAAAGCCAUGUACUUCCCAGAGUGGCCAGAGUAUCUAAAGCUAGAACGACAAACUUGCGUUCGAGAACUGCGCUCAACCAAUGCAGUUAGACUAGUCGUGCCAAAAGAAACUGGAACGUUUCAACAUAGUGCUGCGAAACUUUUUAAUUCCUUACCUGAGAACAUCAGGAAUUGUACUAAUUACAAAGUAUUUUUAAAAUUAACUAAAGAACUUUUAUUCGAAAGAGCACGCCAAAACUAGUUUUUAAUCCGAACAUCGAUUUUAUCUAAUUUCAACACUUAAACGUUAUAGUUCAUAGUUAUAGAAUAUAGUAUUUAAUUAGUAUUUUAACAGGGAAGAGCCAUAUGUAUGGAUCUGUUGAAUAAAUCGUUAUUAUUAUUAUUAUUAUUUUACAGUACAGUCGUUCCUUAAAGUAUUCGUGGAAAUUCUUUGCAUGAACGGUAUCAGACACAAGUCAGUGGCGUGCAAAUUUUUUUUCCGUAGACAGUCGAACCCCUCAUUGAUAGUCGGACGCAUCAUUGACCCGCGCCCAGGCCUCCGCGCGUUAUUGGUUGAUCCCUUCGUAUCCUGCGUAACCCACUAGUACACCAUAUAUCCAUCACUCCACCACGUUCUUGAAGGUUCUUCUUCUUGGUCCACGUGUAGAAAGAUGAACGAUUUGCUUCGCGAUGCUAUAGCAAAUUUACAAAGUUGUUUUUCUGGUCCCGAAAAUACCCAAGAAUUGUUAUCGAGAGUUAAAACUAUAAUCCCAAUUGAAGAGAAUCAGUAUAAGAUAACCAGCGUACAAGGAAAUGCUGGAAGAUUCAAAGCGACUAUCAAGACGAAUUUCCACAAUGAGGAAGAUAUUGCAAUGUUCAUUCAGAAUUAUGGAAUCAAAAACAAUGAAACUUUAAGAGUUACGAAAGCGAGAAAAAGAAGUGGGAAUGGCAAAUAUACUUUAAUAAAAUAUUUCAGAUGUCAUCACUACACGAGAUACGAAGCCACAAUGUGCCCUGCUCAGAUUUUAGCAUCUCAACCAAGCAAACGGUUUAAGAACACCAACUGCCCAUUUUCACUAGUGGUAAGACUUGGUAAAAGAGUAGAUGAAGAUUAUAAUUCAAGCAUCAAUGUCGAGUGGAAUCAUAACCAUUCAGUUGAUUCGCUGCAUUCUUUGAGUUUCAAAGACAUUCCAAUGAAUGUCACAAAUACCAUCACCCAGAUGUAUGCUAGUGGUUUAUUGCCUGGGGCAGCUCAUCGAGAAUUUUUACGUCAGCUGAGAAGCGAGUGCCAAGAUGACCUUGAGUACCAUAAGAGACUUUCAGAUCGGUCUGAAGCACCUCGAAGAGAGGAUUUCAACAGAAUUUAUUCUGACUUUAAGGAAGAACGAUUCGGAACUGGUAGUAUGUCAGAUAUGUUUUCUGCUCUUGAAGAAAGGAUCAAAGAUUUGAAAGAGAAAGAUGCGGAAUAUACCAUUGAGUAUCAAAAGUUCGACGAAACAAUCAACCAGCCAUUUAUCAUGGUAGUAAUAACUCCGUUGAUGAAAAGAGUGCACAAAAUG